AUGGCAAUAGUUUUGAGAUUCGUUGACAACCUGAUGAAUACCCGGGAGGAAUUUCUUGGUUUUAUUCCCUGUCAAAAAGGUUUGUCUGGAGAAGCUCUAUCUGAAGAAAUCUCGAACUUCAUUAAGGACAUUGGUCAAUGUAUGGAGGACUGUUGUGGGCAAGGAUAUGAUGGUGCUGGAAACAUGGCUGGUAAACUCUCUGGGGUUGCCGCUCGAACACAGAGAAUUUAUGACAAAGCUAUGUUCACUGUAAUUCACAUGUACUCAAUCUUUUUAUUGCAUCAUCCUGCAAAAUUAAAGUUGUUCGGGAUAUGAUGGAUAACGUGCGUAACGUCUCUAAUUUUUUCAAUGACUCGCCGAAGACAACCCUGGUGUUAAAGAAGAAACUUAAUGAAAUUAUUCCAACAGAGUGCCGACAGAAGCUAUUGAAUGUAUGUUGCAAGAAUUGAUGGCUUAAAAAUCUUCAAGAACUGUUACGUGGCUCUUUUAUCAGCACUUGGGGCAAUUGAAAGUGAUACAACCAACAAACCAGAUGUACGCUAUAGGGCUGGUGGUAUGAAGAAAGUCAUAAAGAAGUUUGAGUUCAUCGUGUGCCUUAUUCUUGUAGAGUGUUGCCUUAAAUGCACAAAACCGUUAACCCUCCAACUUCAGUGCGCUUCACUUGAUGCCGGGAAAGCUCGCGAAAUUUCCACUCUUUACUUCACGAUUAACAAGCUUCGUUCAGAUAUUGAUGAAACUCAUGAGGCGUUCUAUCAAAUGGCUAUCGAUUUGGCAAAAGAAGUGAAAAUAGAACCUACGAAAAAGAGAAUGACUGGUUCCCAAGUACAUCGUGAAAAUGUUCCUGCUGAUUCCACUUCAGAUUAUUACAAAAGAGCAGUUACAAUACCAUUUUUGGAUCAACUUCUUGGACAAAUGCAGUCACGUUUCUCAGUCUCUCUUUUCUUGAUGCUUUAGAUGUCAUGUAUGGAAUGCCAAAUAAGGUUGUAUCCGAUCCCGACUGGAAAGAAAAUUUCUCUCGUUUCCUCAAUAAAUAUAAAGAUGAUCUACCUGACUUGGACUUUUUAGAAUGUGAAUUAUGGAUGUGGAGACUGAAGUUUUGUAAUCUUACAGAUCAUCUUCCAACUUCCCUUGAGGAACUAUUUCCUUAUGCUGACCGACUUUCCUUUCCCAACAUCCUAACAGCGAUGAGAAUAUUUGGAACCAUUCCCGUAACAUCAUGCAGCUGUGAAAGAUCCAUUUCAACGCUUCGGCGAUUAAAAACAUUUAUGAGAAGUACAAUGGGAGAAAAGAGAUUAAAAGCACUGGUGCUGUUAAACAUUCAUCACAAAAUCAAACUCGAUGUGGAGAAAGUAAUUGACCGUUUUGCCUUAAAACAUCCCAGACGAAUGUUGUUGGUGGAUCUCCUAAAUCGUGACGACUCAACUCUCGAAGAAAGUAAAGAUGACUUGCCGUGA